AUGAAUUUCUGGAAAAGCGCCACAGUUCAUGGUGCAAUUGUUGUAUAUCCCAUGCCUGGAAUUUCUUAUCCUUUUCCCAAGCCUCAUGCUGAUAUUCCUAUCAUUUUAGAUGAAUGGUGGAAAAAGGAUCUCAGGGAGGUUGUACUUGAAUAUAUUGCAUCAGGCAGCAAUAUCAUGCAUUCUGAUGCUUUCACUAUAAACGGAACUUUCAAGAUAGCAGUGGAGACAGGAAAGACGUAUCUCCUGAGGAUUGUGAACGCAGCAGUGGGCAAAACUCUUGUCUUUGAAAUCGCGAUGCACAAUCUAACAGUAGUUGCAAUGGACGGGCGCCCUGUAAAAAAUCCAUUUACAAGUGACUAUGUCGAGUUAAGUGUACAACAAUCGUUCGACUGCAUCUUGGAGACGAACCAGCAGCCAGAUCAUUAUUACAUGGCUGCCAGAGAAUAUGUCAAUGGCCUUAUCUGGCAGACGGUUGAUAAUACAACUACUACAACCGCCAUCUUAGAAUACAGGGGAAAUUAUGUACCAUCUUCACCUCCUUUUCUACCUUUUCUUCCAAAUUCUAACUAUGAUACAUCUUUGAUUCACGACAAAAUCAGCUCCACGUCUAAGUUAUACUUAGCAAUUAUAUUUUUAAUUUUGGGUUUAGCUUCCUAUGCAUCCUUAGCUGUUUGGUACAGGCGGCAUAGAUGCGUAGUAACCGCAGUUGUCACUCCCCAAGCCGAGAUAUAA